AUGCCAGGAACUAGAUGUGCUGUCGCAAUAUGCCAAAAUAGUUUACAAGCAACCAAGAAAAAAAAUUUAAAUAUUUCAUACCAUACAUUUCCAAAAGAUCCAAAAUUAUAUAAUACUUGGAUAAAUGCUUGCCGAAAAAAGGAUGAAUGGAAUCCUAAGACCAGCACAAUUUGUAGUGUUCAUCUUUUAGAAGAUCAAUUUGAAGUAGAUUUAAGAACUGUUCCAACACAGAACCUGAAAGAGAAUUCUUUAUCAAAUAUAUCAACUGACUUAACAUCCAGACAAGUACGAGCUAAUAAACGUCAUAAUGCAACUAUUGUUAAAAACUUAAUACAUCCAACUGAAAAUAAUGAUAAUGCACAAGGUGAUGAUGAUUUAACACAUGAAGAUCAAGACAAAUUAUAUGGCGUGUCACCAGCUUUGAUUGACGAAUCUAUUGAAGAAAAGUACCAAAAAUUACUCAACGAGCACACAAAAUUAAAAACAAAGUAUAAACAUUUAUUACAAUUCAAAAGAGUUCAAAAAUACCGUGUACUUACACUGAACAAAAAUGUCAAUACACUUAGCAAAACAUUUGGAGAGUGUGUUUUACAAACUCAAUGCUUAAAGGAAUCUUUAAACACAGUAUUUAGUGAUACCCAGUUACAAUUAAUAACUAAAAGAAAAAAAAAGUUGUAUGGGGAACAGAAGACAUUUCAAGAGCUUUUACGAUAA